CCAAGGUCUACACCUGUUGGCUCACCAUCUCUCCCGCAUCCUUUCCUCUGUACGCUGGUCGUGCAUAGCAUACACUUUUAACGACAACCUUCUGUUCAUUCUUCUAACGCCCACCUGCAAGCAUGAGGCUCUUUACCUGUGUCGCUGCUGUUGCUGUAUUUGCUGCUUCCACUGCAGCCCACGCAUCACUCAAGUUCCCAUGCCCACGCUACUCGCCGUUCGGUCAGGACUGCCCACCGAUUCCUGCUGGCCAGUCAGCCGAUAGUGGCAUCAACGCUCCAAUCAGCUCCAUGACGCUAGGCGAAAAGAAACCGCUCUGCAAGUAUACCACUCCCUUUGGCUCGCCGUCGGCAACCUGGACUGCUGGUCAGUCUGUUACCGUCAGCUUCCAUGAAAACAUCGCGGCACACUCUGGGGGACAUGGCCAGUUCUCAAUCUCGUAUGACAGCGGCCAGACAUUUGCUGUGCUUCAUGAGGUGCUGCGCUACAUGUUUAUUGGAUCCAAGCCCUCAGGACUAACGAACACGGCGUCUGUUAUGAGCUACACAUUCACUUUGCCUCAGGAUCUGCCGAGCUCCGACAAGGCUGUGUUCUCGUGGUCCUGGGUCAAUGCCUCGGGAAACCGCGAGUUCUAUAUGAACUGCGCUGAUGUGGCCAUCAAGGGUGGAUCGUCGUCGUCGUACACCGGGAAGGAGAUGACCAUUGCCAACUAUCCAGGCUAUCCGAGCAUCCCCGAGUUCAACGGCAACUACGAUACAGGAAUUGAUCUUUACAGCGGCGCAAAGCAAAUCACUGUCGGUCCCAGUGGUGGUUCAGGAACUGGGACCACUGGUAAUUACACCAGCCCAAACCCGGCUACCGGCUCAACUGCUCCGGCUUCACCAGGCCAGCCAUCCCCAGCCCAAAGUUCAAUGGAUCAGUCUCUGCCAUCCCAAGGUGCUCCAGUCCCUUCGUUCGGCCAAGGUUCCUCGAUUUCUUCUCCAGCUCAGGACUCUGCAACCCCCAUGUCCGCAGUCCAAGGUGCCUCGGCUCCUGCAACUACACCCCUGGGUACUGUGGUUCCCACAGCCCCAGUCCAAGGCCCUGCAGCUCCCACGUCCUCUGCACCCGCGUACAUGCAGCCAUCCAAUACGCAGGCUUACUAGUAGUUUCGCUCACCAUUGCUCUCGAUACUGA